AUGACAGUCCUGCGGGACUGUGUGGAUGCAAUGCAGGAUUUGUCUGUGUGGACCGAGAUUUGCGAUUUAUUGUGCUGGUGGAAAUGUGUACUUACAUUGUGCAUAGAAGCUUUCUCCCGUGCAGAUGUGGAGACCGGAAACUUUCCCUGGCCAGCCAAGCUCCCCCAGCUGGCGGUCUUCGAAAAGGCAAAACCCGAUCGUCUGCCUGUGGCCAAACUGUUGGAAAGAUGGACGAUGGAGCAAGAGCAGCUCCUGUUCUGUCGUUUCAAUUCAAGCGUUGAACUUGUGCGGAAGCUCUUGGACAAUCUUCCGGAUGUAGAAGAGGUACGCAUUCGCCUGGAAUUGCUUCAUGUGCAUAUGACCGACAUGAUGAUCUACAUGCACGAGCACAUCCAGCUUCGCUCUAUGUCGGUGCUUAC